CCUAGCUACGCUCUUCCCCCAUCGCCCUGCCCUUUUCAAUCAAAUGGCCGUUCACACCACCUGGUUUUGCUCUCAAGAUCCUCUUCUCUUGCCGCCCUUCAUCCCCAAUUCUUCCCAGUCUCCUCUGCAACAAAUCCCAUGCUCUCCCCCUCUCAAGAAACAGAGUCUCGUCGAUAUGGAUCUCUUCUUCCAAUCUGAGAGCGAGAAAUUGAGGGAGAUGGUGAUGGAAGAAGAACAGAGGAGGCAGCAGGGGGCUCUUCUCCAGAGCUACGAAUCAAGAAUCGCGGGGGCGAUGAGGCAGAGAGACGCGGAGCUGGCAAUGGCGAAGAGCAGAAACAGGGAGCUUCAGGAUUUGAUGGCGGGGGCAGAACUGGAGGCGAGGCUGUGGGAGAGAAGGGCCGCCGAGAACGAGGCCGCCGUUUCGGAGCUGAGCCACAGGCUGAGGCAAGCGGCGGCGGCGGAGAGGGAGGCGGAGGAGUCGUUCUGCGGCGGCGGGUCGACGCCCUCGCCGGCGGAGGGCGGGUGCAUGACGUGCGGGUCGGGGAGGGCGAUGAGCGUGGUGUUCCUUCCGUGCAGACACCUGUGCUGCUGCAAGUCAUGUGAUGUUUUUCUGGAGGCCUGUCCCGUCUGUGCGGCAGUCAAGGAAGAUAGCUUACAAGUCAUCCUACCCUAAUUAAUUAAGCUCUAAUUAGCUUUUGCCCAAUCCUUAUCCUAUCCUAUAGCUCCUCCUACAUACCCUAUAAUUAAUUAUGAAGGGCACUAGCUAGUAGCUAGGACUAGUAGUCGUCGUUUUAGUUACUCUGUAGCAAAGUAAAGAAGAAAGAAAAAGAUGAUCAGAUUAAAGCAGGCGAUAAUGAUAAUGAUGGGAAAAACUGAACAAAAAAUCUCUUCUCCCAAG